AUGAGCAUUUCCGGGGCUGUUCGCGCCAACACCUGCGCCGCGUACCGUCGCCUUCUAAGCGCAGUGAAACAAGUGACGCGCGACUGUCCGCUGCACAGAGAGGAUGGUCUCACGAGGUACGUGGCGUUUCGUUUCUUUGACGCAGCCGAGCAAAACCGCCGGCGUUAUCUUAAACUCCGCGAGGGGGAUGCCGCACAAAUAAACAAAGGGCGGCGGAAGAAAUUGCGGGAGAUGGAGGUUCAAUACGAGCGCUUUAUUGCGAAGGAAUUGCAGAGGGUGCGUGAGGUGGCGGGACAAAUCCUCCUUGCACCCGGCAAUCGGGCUCUCACCUCCAUGUUGCAGGUCCUCGCGGCGGGCGUUGGCAACUCACACUAUCAACAGACGAUAGAGAGGAAUUAUCUUCGCUACUGUCAGUUUGAAAACAAAAAGGUGGAAAGGAAUGAGGCGGAGGAAGAAGCUACGGCGGAGCGCCAAAACCGCAUUAUGCAGCAUGCACUUAUUCCCUACGGGGAGCGUCUUCUCUUCCUUCAUCGUCUGGACGUUAAGAAUGAUACGGGUGAUGUACAAGAACCCGGCAGUCUGACAUCAUGGCAGGUGACGGAGGCCAUUGUUGGGACGCGCAGUGGUGUUUCGGUACACUACAUGUCGCAUGGAAGGGAAGAUGUGGUUGUAGAGGUUGACGAGACGUACAAUAAGCAAAUUGUCUACGUGCGGUGUGAGAAAUACGAUUGGAGUCGUGAGGUGGAACGGGUAGAAAUCAUUGAGUCAGAAGAGGUGCGGGGCACCAUCUUUCACGCGGAGUACUCCAGUGUGGCACAGCGGCUCUGCGAUGCUCUCCUGGCAGAAACCCCUUUGCACGCCUACCGUUCCACGGUUGUUGUUGGUCAUGGUGUUGGAGGUGCUGUGGCGUUUUGUUUGGCGCUUUUGUUGCAUGUCCGUGGCUUUGACGUAAAAAAUUGCGUGACCUUCGGCGCACCAAAGGCAGUUCAGCAAACCCUUGAACGUUAUAUUCAUGCCAUUAACCCUAUUCGCAUCGUGCUGGAGGGAGAUCCGCUGAUUGACCUUCCGGUAACGGGGGCUGAGGGCGAUCCCUUUGUACACUACGGUGAGAUUUUGUUGAUGGCCUCCGCUGUUGCGCCACCGCAUGCAGAAGAAGGAGAGCCACGGCGGCGUCAGGUCAGUAAGGAUGACGAAACAGAGGAGGGGGGACAGCAAGAGAUGAAUGCGGCUGCUGUGACUGAUGUCCUCACUGCCGAAGCACUCGGUGACCUUUUGGAAUCCGCGGAAAAUUUGCCGCUACCUUGUGAGGCAGGCGAUUUUCAGAUGGAUGACGAAGAAACGCAGGCGGAAGUGGAAAAGGAGGAAGAAGAAGGGGACGAAUUGGGGUUCCGCCGUAUAGCGGCGGAGCGGUAUGCGGCGGGUUUCUUGCCGGAGGAUUACAUUGGACGACUUCUUGACACCACUGUGCCGUUAACAUAUGCGGAGGGUGAGGAAGUGUGGGACGAGGGCGAAUACGCGCAAAUGAGACGCGAAUCUGCACUACGGCUUCACACGUCUGGCCUGCACGAAUGA